AUGUCCACCGAAAUUGUUUACCCCCCUCAGUUACCCGCCAGACCACUGAAUGAAAACACAAAACUCAAGUUCUCUCCUGACUUCGUAUGGGGUGUGGCCGCAAGCGCAUGGCAAAUCGAGGGUGGUCUCCAGGUCGAAGGCCGCGGUCCCGCGGUCCUCGACACGGUUGGUGUGAAUGUUCAAGGACUUCUGGGCAGCAAUGAUUCAAACGUCGCUGACAUGCACUACUUCCUGUACAAGCAGGACAUUGCGAGGCUUGCUGCCCUUGGGGUACCGUACUAUUCCUUCUCCAUCUCCUGGACUCGCGUCGUUCCGUUUGGUGUCGAGAACUCUCCGAUCAACCAACAGGCUCUAGACCACUAUGAAGACGUCAUCAACACUUGCCUUGAGUACGGCGUUACUCCGGUUGCGACUUUGAUGCACAUUGACAACCCUAUCGACAUAUUUAACGAGCUUGACGACUUCCCGCGCCAUUUUGCGUAUUAUGCCAAGCAGGUCAUGACGCGGUACGCUGAUAGGGUACCGUACUGGGUCACCUUCAACGAGCCUAACAUUGCCGUUCAAUUUACCUUACCCAGCUACAACGGGCUGACUGCUUUUCUCCUUGCACACGCGGAUGUGUAUCACUGGUACAAAGACGUCCUAGGAGGAACCGGCAAGCUUACCAUGAAGUUCGCCAACAAUCUUGCUGUACCUUUAAACCCAGAGAGUCCCGUCGACGUCGCCGCUUCAUACCGGUACCAGGAAUUCAUUCUCGGCAUCAUGAGCAACCCUCUCUUUCUCGGCCAGCAGUAUCCCGAAGUUGUCCUCAGCACGCCCAAGAUCAGUACCACGCUCAACCCCCUCACUGACGAGCAAAUUGCCCGCAUCAACGGCACGAUGGACUACUGGGCCUUUGACCCAUACGGCGCGCAGUACGCCACUGAUCCAGCGGGUGGCUAUAAAGCCUGCGCCGCAAACUCCUCAGACCCGCUGUGGCCAUCAUGUGUGAAGCUCAGCACGACACAGGCCAACGGGUGGAAGAUGGGCGUAGUCUCGGAGGGAGCGGCGCUGAUUGCGCCGGCGUACGUGAGAGAGCAGUUUGGCUACGUCUGGAAUACAUACCGACCACCCGGCAUCAUGGUAACGGAGUUUGGGUUCCCGCAGUACGCCGACACGGAUACACCAAUCGAUGCGCAACGGUACGAUCUCGAUAGGUCUUUGUACUACCAGAGCUUCUUGACCGAAACGUUACGAGCAAUUCACUUGGAUGGGGUCAAUAUCAUUGGCACCCUGGCCUGGAGUUGGAUUGACAAUAAUGAAUUUGGGAGCUUUGAUCAACAGUAUGGAAUGAUGGGCGUGAACCGGUCCGAUCCAAAGUUGGGGAGAUGGGUGAAGAGGAGUUUCUUCGACUACAUAGACUUUUUCCACGAUCAUAUCUGA